UCCAAUGGUCAAACAAUAACACCAAAAAACAGAUUUACAUCCAGAAAGGUUAGGUCAUAAAUACAUUGUUUUCAUAAGAAUAACUCAACAUAUUUAUAUUUUUGUAGGCAUGACAGUUUAGGUACACGUUAUAUUCUUAGUUUGUUAAUGAUGGUAUAAUGUGUUUUAUACAACGGGGGACCAAAAUCCAGCGAUCUGAUUGGUUCCCAACUGUUGUAUAAUGAGCGUAUACAUAACUGCUAUGACGCCCGAUCAUUUUGUGAAAGUAUCACUCCGCGCCUUGAAGAGGAAACCGUUACAAAGUAUCGUAAGAAACUUUAUCACACAGAGAUUUAGCUUGACCAUGGAGGAGGGGAUUCACCAGCGGGGAAAUAUAUCCUUCGACCUCCGGGAAGGCCUCACAACCGAUGAGUGGCUUCGGCAGCUUUCCCCGGAAAAAGAGCAAAAUAAUUCACGGCACGCAGAGCUAAGAAAAGAGGAAGUCGACCAAUUAGAAAAAGAGCGAAACGAGUCGAACACCGUCAAGCAAACGAGGUGGGCAGUAAAAUGCUUAGAAGAGUGGUGUGCUGCCAAAGAUGUUGAUAUAAACUUUGCUACAAUCUCAAAGGAGUGCUUAAAUUGCAUUUUAAGAGAUUUUUAUGCAACUGUCGGAAACGGGAAAGGGCAAACCUACGGAUUAAGCAGUUUCAUCGGUCUCCUGGCUGGCAUCAACCACUACAUUAACGACCCACCGCUCAGUUUGUCCUGGUGUCUCAUCAAAAACACAGACUUCACUACCCGCAACAAUGUCUUCACUGGUGUGGUAAAAACUAUGAGGAAGAAGGGCCUAGACACCACAGUCCACCACUUGGCGAUUUGUGAAGAAGACUCAAAUGCCAUGAAGAAAUCACUUGAUCCUGGCACAGCGGGGGGGCUUGUGGACAAAGUUUGGUUUGACGUUCAACUGCACUUCGGGCGGAGGGGAAACGAGGGCAAUCGACAGCUGAAACCGUCCUCUUUCGCCGUGAAAUCUGACGAAAAUGGUCUAAAAUAUGCCACACUAACUUUCAACGAACAUCCUAAGAACCACAAUGAUCCUCAAGGGAAAAAUAGGGAGAGCACAAGAGGGUUCAUGUAUCAACUGCCAGGCGACCCGCUCUGCCCCGUCUCGUCUCUCCUCAAAUACAUCUCUCAUCUACCUCCAGACGCAGAAGUAUUUUAUGUCCACCCGAGAAAAAAUAUUAUCUACGGUGCUAAUGAAGUCUGGUACACUCGAGAGCCAAUGGGUGUAAAUCACCUCGCUAAAAUGUUGCCGAGAAUAUGCAAGCAGGCCGGGACACGGAGAUACACCAACCACUGCCUCCGCAGCACCACUAUCCAGAUGCUUUCCGACGCAGGUCUAGCAUCGAGGGAGAUCAUGGCCGUAAGCGGACACAAGUCCGAAACCUCUCUCCAGAGCUACUGGAAACCGAAACUUGGGGACCGGAGAAAGUGGAGCAACAUCAUCGCCGACGCCGCAGCACACACAACCACACUUAAAAAAAUUAAAACCACUGAUGUCGGACAAUUUUUCAAUAGUUGCAAUAUCAAUGGCAACGUACAAAUUAAUAUAAACGAAUAGGCAAAUAGUAGCCUAUAAACUUGUUUAGUGUCUAAGUUAAAAUGUUAAUUAUUGCAAAUAAAAUGUCAAACCGUA